UCGCUAUAAAUGGAUUCGUCAUAUAUGUACAGAUAUUUUUUUUUAUCAAUGUCCACAUAUUUAGUGCUUUGUAUAAUUAAUGGAUAUAAUUCAGUAUUUUAUCAGAGUGAUAUUUUGCAGGAAUUCCAAUAAUGGUUUCAAUUCAGUGUCGUACUUGCCGAGAGAGGAAUGUUGGUAGUUUUCAUCCCCUUUCAGAUUUUCUAGACGAAGAAAGUAAUCCUGGGAAAACGUUUGGUGAUUUUCUAUGGGAUAUUGCAAAAAUUGAUAAUACCACCGAUGAAGCCAAACGAUUGCCUCAACAGAUUUGCGGCGGAUGCUCUCGCAAGGUUAAGAACACAUAUGCAUUCGUGGUACAAGCACAGAUAGCAAACCAAAAAUUCCAAGUCAGUUUGUAUAACAAAAAAGUUAGCUUUAAUGUUGAUAAAGAAUCGACCGUAAAACGUGAUGAUUGUUUAUUGGAGACACCUAUUGAUAUACCUGUGCGCCAAACUGAAAUCAAAGAAGAGGUGAUUGACGAGAAGAUAACCGAGACCAGUCAAGAAAACGUAGAUAAAAGUGCUGAUACAGUAGAAGGUGGAAUAAACGAAGUCGUACAGCUUGUUAAAGAGGAAGCAGUUGCAGAUUUAAAUCAAGAUGAUGAUUACGCCGAAAGCAUUAAUACAGAAAACAGCAUGGGAAUAGAUCCUAUUACCACUGUGGAAACAAUUUGGAACAAUGAAGAAAUCGAAAAUGAAAAGCUGGAAAUACAAAGUAAUUUGGACACUAGCGAUAGUGAGAAUGAUUCAGACACCCCGCUUUUAAAACGUUUUCGAUCCCAACCAUCUACAGAAACAAACGAAUUUACAUAUUGCGAGGAAGAUGGACGAUUUCAUUGUAAUAAAUGUGAGAAAUCUUUUGCGUGGAGAAAGGAUGCCAAGCGCCAUAUGAAAAUACAUUCUGAUAUUUAUCCAUACGAAUGCGCAGAGUGCAAUCGUCGCUUCCCUCGAAAGGAUAAAUAUGAAAAUCAUUUGAGAGUACAUUCCAAAAAAGAUCGGAGAGAAAAAAAUGUUAAAAAUAAAAAGCAGCAAUUUACAAAAGACACCAGUGAUAGCAGUAAUAACGAGGAGGGCAAGAAGGAUGACGGGCCGAGUUUGCAGUCGGAGGCGGUGGAUGAUGAAAUAAGUGACGAUGAAUGUAGCGACGAAGAUGAUGUUCCGAUAAAAAGACGACGAAGACGAACUUCAUCUAAAAAGUCAGAAUUUACCUAUAAUAAUGAUGAUAACCGUUAUCAUUGUAAUCGAUGCAACAAAGAUUUUGCAUGGAAGAAAGAUGUAGAACGUCACAUAAAAAGCCAUUACGGUAUUUUUCCUUUUGAAUGUAGCCAAUGCAAUCAUCGCUUCCAACGAAAGGAUAAAUUUGCUGAACACUUAAAGUUACAUGCAAAACGUGAAACCGGUAUACGUCGUAAAUUGUCUGUACAACGGGCAGAAUGGAAUUUUGCAGAACGUCUUUAUACUGAACAACGUUUCCGUUCGGUCGAGUGCAAGCUGUGUCCCGAGGCUUUGCCGAGCAUAGUGGCUCUACGCCAGCACAUGCAAACACAUAUCGAGGCCGAUACAAUACAUUUAGAUGCUGAAAGUGACGUAGUUAAAGAGCUAUAUCCUAAUUUUACUGACGACAUUAAACUAGUUAAAGAACUGGUAAGUAAAGACAUAAAAGAUAAACGCUAUGCGAAGUAUUACUCAAUUUUAAACGCCAACGGCUAUGAAAUGGCCUUAAGUGACUCUGAUACAGAGCAAAGCACAAAUGAGCCUAAAUACGAAUGCGAAUUGUGUCAUGCGAAGUUUGGGCGGAAGUAUCGAAUUUUCCAGCAUUCAAAAUCAGAUCAUCCUGACAUGGAACUUCCCUACAAAUGCAAUGUUUGUAAAUUGGAAUUUGUUAGUGCAACAAUGUUUGAACUACACUCGCGGACGCAGUGUAGGAACAAGGAUAGAAAAUAUCAAUGUCUCAGAUGCCCAGGAAAGUUUGUUUGGGUCCAGAAUCUUCAGAGUCAUACAUGCUCCAAUCGACUUAGUGUAGCUGCAGCCAAGCGACCUGGGCAGCGUAAACGUGAUUUGUUACAGUGUAAUUUCUGUGAUAAAACUUUUGUUUAUGCAACAGACUUUAAACGUCAUCAAGAGACUCAUAACUUAAUGAGCCAGUCUCAUGUCUGCUCCAUCUGUAGUCAGCCUUUCUUGAAAGCUGAAAAUUUGAGACAACAUUUGCGGCAGGCACACGAGCAGAUCAAACGCCGCAUUGAAUGUUGCUUAUGCGGAGAAAAACCGAAAACACUAGCCGAACUCCGAGCACAUUUGUCAAGACAUUCGGAUGGUUGGACAGAUAUCAAAUACACUGAGGGGCAAUAUUUUAAGGUACAUUGGCCUCAAGGCUGCAAAGGAAAAGAAGGAGAGGUGGAACAGAGUAUUAUUAUAGAUUUUGCUGGAAAAAAUUUAACUAAUUAUUAUUCAGCGGUUGAUGAGAGUGGCAACGAGUUAGACUUAAAUGAUUCGGAAAGUGAUGCAGAAGGCAGCACACCUCAAAGCGGGCAGCUUUUGUCCACCUCUUAUACAUGCGAUUUGUGUGGUGAAGUUUUUUAUAGGAGAACUCGUAUCCUUCAGCAUCAGUACAGUGCACACGCUGAUGUGGAAGACACUUUGCCACAUAACUGUACUCGCUGCGAAAAACGAUUCGUUUGUCUCGGCUUAUUAGAACAACACUAUAAACGAAUUUGUGGCAAUAUAUAUAAGCGCCACGAUUGCAAACGAUGUUCAGCGCGAUUUGUUUGGGAAGAAAAUCUAAAGCAACACAUGCAACGACAACAUAUUGAUCCUGAGCAGCAGAUAAGCCGGCAACUGGCCAAUAAACUACAAUGCGAACAAUGUUACAAAGUAUUUGUUUGGCCGAAAGAUCUAACGCGACACAAACGCAUCCAUAUGCCAGAUGAUGAAAAGUUCGAGUGUUUGUAUUGUGAACGUAAGUUUCAUCGCAAAGAUCAUUUGCACACCCACUUGAAGUCACAUGGCGCAGGUGGUAAAAUGGCGACUACAACUGCGGCAGCUAGCAAGCGUGAGCUUAAUCGUAAAGUUAACGCUGUCGAUCCGUAUUUGUGCAGACCGAAUGGCUGCAAGUGUGUCCAAUGCAAAAUUUGUCUGUCGAAGCAUACAAAAAUAGCCGAUUUACGUGCACACAUCUUGGAGCACCGAACAGAUGUGACUUUAUCACAACAUGUUACAACAAAUUCAGAAAUAUCUUUACUUUUCUACCCUGAUGAGGCACCCAUGUCUAUGGACUUGCUAAUGGCACGGAUGAUGGCUGAUAUAGCUGCUGGGCAGCUCGAUCGAUUUUACUCAAUCACCAAUGAAUUAGGUCAUGAGAUAAGCAUAAGCGGCUCUGAUACUGACGACACAGACUCAGAGUCCGAGCCAGACGAAGCUUUAUAUCAAGCUAUCGGUAGCAUACGACAUCCCCGACGAUCCACCUACAAAUGCGACUUGUGCAAUAUACAAUUUUCUCGUAAGUACAAACUAUUUGCCCAUCAAGCUAGCGAUCAUAAAUGGGAUGAAGCACCACAUGUAUGUCAGCAUUGCCAAGCGCGAUUUCUGUGCGAGAAAUUGUUACAGUCUCAUUAUCGUCAUCAGUGCAAAAAUUUGCUAAAGCGUUAUUUAUGUCGCAAAUGUCCUCAGCGUUUCAUGUGGAAGGAGAACCUUAAAAUGCAUUUGCGUACAAUGCACCCGGAUAGUGACGAGGUAAAGAAGCUUUUUGCACCCAGCUCAUUUGACUGUGAAGAGUGUUCGCGUAGUUUUCAAAUGCAAAAGGACCUAACUCGUCAUAUGAUGACACAUCGCGCCGAUGCUACAGUAUUCCCAUGUCUGUGGUGUCCACGAAAAUUUUACCGAAGAAGUAAUUUGUAUUUGCAUAUCAAACGCCAUGGUAUAACAUCACACCAGCUAAGCGCUGCCGCUUCUCAUAUCACAGCAUGUAAGGGACCAAAUGGGUUAAAACAAAUUCAUUGUCGCGUAUGUAAUAUACAGUUCGGGAGUUUGUCUGCUCUACGUGUACAUCUGAGUCAAGAGACGGCUGGGGUGUUAUCCACCCACCACAAAUAUGGCUCUCAGCAAAAUUAUUCAAUAAUGAAUGAGUUGGGCUACGAAUUGGACAUUGAUGACUCCGAGACAGAUGCAGAUGGUAAUGGAAGUACGCCACGAAAGGGGUACAAAUGCCAAAUGUGUGGAUUGGUUUGCAAAAGACGCUUUGAAAUGGGCCAGCAUCAGCUGUCGGUGCACAAGCAUGAACACAUAACGCUCAAAUGUGAAAAAUGCGUAUUUCGAACAGUGUCUAGUGACAUUAUGGAACAUCACUUGCGUACGCAAUGCAAUAAUAUCGAAAAGGUACAUCAAUGCACUCAGUGUUCAUAUAAAUUCAUGUGGCCCGAGAAUUUGCAGACUCACAUAAGGUUGGUGCAUCCAGAAGAAAACCAAAAAAGUAGUGAUCAUGCUGAAGGAGAAGCUUCCGCAUCACGCAGUGAGCCAGUACCAGCUCAAAUAUUCCAAUGCGAUAAGUGUGAUAGUCGUUAUAAUCGAAAGGAUCGGCUUGUUGCUCAUAUCAAGAAAUUUCACCCUGCUGACCCCAGUGACGGUCCUAGUUGCAGCAUCAAACUUCCAAGAGCAAAAGUUUCAAGUGAUGAGAAAAAACAAGCAAAGGAGAAAAAUUUUCUUUGCGCUUUUUGUGGGCGAGCCGUGAGCUCUUCAUCAAAUCUUGUUGUUCACAUGCGUCGUCACACUGGCGAGAAACCAUUUCAAUGUGAAUUCUGCGAUAAAGCAUUUCCACGAUCAUCUGAUUUGGCAUGCCAUCGACGUACACAUACAGGCGAAAAACCUCAUCAUUGCACUGUAUGUGGCAAGUCCUUUUCGCGUUCAUACAAGUUACAUACACACAUGCGUAUACAUUCUGGUGAGCGACCGUACAAGUGUUCGUUCUGUGAGAAAACCUUCACACAAUCGAACGAUCUUGCUCUGCAUGUGCGUCGACACACUGGAGAAAGACCGUAUGCAUGUAAUGUGUGCGAUGAACGUUUUAUUCAAGGCACAGCCUUGAAGAAUCAUCGGCUAAUGCUGGGACACUACGAAGAAGUUGAAGAGCAAUCAAGCAGCAUGUUGCAGUUGGACGAUCAGGGUAACAGUUUAAUACUGUUAUGAGAUCUAAACUAAGAAAUAAUAUAAAAGUAAUAGUAGGAAAAUAAAAAUAAUAAUGGAAAUGGGUAUAUUUAAUAUUAUGUAU